CUCUCUCUCUCUCUCUCUCUUCCCCCCCAAAUCCACACCUGUUCCUCCCCUUCUCCAACUCUAUAUACUCAUACCCAGGCCAUUUAUAUUGCUUCAAAAAGAGAAGCGAACCAAGAGAAAAAGAGAUUUCUGCAGUAGUAGUGGAGGCUCCAAGCAAGCAAAAAAGAGAGAGAAAAAGGAGGGAUGGGGGAGAUGGUAGGUUGGUGUUGGAAGUGGUUUUUGCCUCUCGGUAGUAUGGUUGUGUGCAUCGCCAUGGCUCUCCGGCUGUUGGAUUUCCUUUGGUGGAGACCUAAGAGGUUGGAGGAGCACUUCUCAAAGCAAGGCAUAAGGGGUCCUCCUUAUCGUUUUUUCAUUGGGUGCGUCAAAGAGAUGGUUGGUUUGAUGCUGGAGGCCUCCUCCAAGCCAAUGAUGCCUCAGAACUCCCACAACAUCCUCCCUCGAGUCCUCUCCUUCUAUCACCAUUGGAAGAAGAUCUAUGGUUCCACAUUCCUGCUAUGGUUCGGGCCCACCGCCCGCCUCACCGUCGCCGACCCGGACCUCAUCCGCGAAAUCUUGGUCUCGCGGGCCAACUACUUCGAGCGCUACGAGUCCCACCCUCUGGUCCGGCAGCUCGAAGGCGACGGCUUGGUCAGCCUCAGAGGGGAGAAAUGGGCUCACCACAGGAAGGUCCUUACACCCACCUUCCAUAUGGACAAUCUCGAGCUGUUGAUGCCGCUUGUCGGGAGGACGGUUCUGGACAUGGUGGAGAAGUGGUCCGCCAUGUCUCCCUCCGGCGAGGUCGAGAUCGACGUCUCCGAGUGGUUCCAGACCGUGACGGAGGAUGCCAUCACCCGGACCGCAUUUGGGAGGAGCUACGAAGACGGCAAGGCCGUUUUCCGAUUGCAGACGCAGCAAAUGAUUUAUGCAGCCGAGGCCUUCCGCAAGGUCUUCAUUCCCGGCUACAGAUUUCUGCCGACUAAGAAGAACACGAGCUCGUGGAAAUUAGACAAAGAGAUCAAGAAAAAUCUGAUGGCGCUGAUCGGCCGGCGAAAGGAGAGCUCGGAAAAUGAGAAGCCGGACGGGAGCGCCAAGGACCUUCUCGGGCUUAUGAUCAAUGCCAGCACCAAGAAAGCACCGUCCCCGUCAUCUUCUUCCACCUCGGGCCACCGCCGGCCGACAACGACGAGAACAACAUCAGCAUCGCCGAUCACGGUGCAGGACAUCGUGGAGGAAUGCAAGACAUUCUUGUUCGCGGGGAAGCAGACCACCUCCAACCUGCUGACGUGGGCGACGGUGCUUCUCGCCAUGCAUCCGGAGUGGCAAGAGCGGGCGCGCCGGGAGGUCCUCGAGGUCUGCGGCUCACGUGACAUCCCCACCCGCGACCACCUCGCCAAGCUCAAGACGCUGGGAAUGAUCCUUAACGAGACGCUACGGUUGUACCCGCCGGCGGUGGCGACGAUAAGGAGGACGAAGACGGACGUGGAGCUUGGGGGAUACCGGAUCCCUCGAGGCACCGAGUUGCUGAUUCCGAUCAUGGCCGUCCAUCAUGACGCGCGGCUGUGGGGGAAGGACGCGGCCCAGUUCAACCCAGCCCGGUUCGCGGAGGGGCCGGCGAGCGCGGCCCGGCAUCGGACGGCCUUCAUCCCCUUCGGUCUGGGGGCCCGCAUGUGCAUCGGCCAGAACCUGGCCCUCCUCGAGGCCAAGCUCACCGUGGCGAUCAUCCUCCAGCACUUCGUCGUCCGCCUCUCCCCCUCGUACGUCCAUGCACCCACCGUCCUGAUGCUCCUCUACCCCCAGUAUGGUGCACCCCUCCUCUUCCGAUCCCUCUCCCCGCCAUCACCAUCAUUGCCGUCCGAUCCGCAUCAUCCGACGGGGGUAGUGUAAGUGUUGGUGGUCCCUGCUUAUAGCAUGCACCAACACCAAGGAGGAGCACGACCUGCAAUAAGUUGCAAAAACAUGAACCAAGUGAAUCAGCAAUCAUAGGAAUUACUUUCACUCAAGUGAAUGCCUAAAACACCCACUCAUCUGCUGUGCCUAUACUAUUCUCACUUUUUGUACUGCGGCGCCAUGGAAGCAGACAACGACCCCCUUCUUUAGUUACCUCCUUGCAACCCUCUAUGUAAAAGACGCCGGCAAAUCAUCUAAAAUACCCUUUAACCCUAUAUCACUUUUUUAGGCUUUAAAAUAGACCCCCUCUCGCCAUUCUUAAUGGCUUUGGUGUAUGCAUUGUAUCAUUUUCUAUGUAAAUUUUUCACCCUUCUAGGUUCAAAAACCCCUCUAAUCUCUCU